AUGUAAGAUUCAAACCACAUUGAAUCCAUCCUUGUUUGUGGCAAUGUCGACGGCUUCGGUCAACGGUUGGUGCCUCACCUCCUCCUCCUCUUCCUCCACUCGUCUUUCGGGUCUUCGACGAUCGACAUUGGGACCGUCCAUCGUCGCUAGCCUUAACACUUCCCCUUCUCCUCCCUCACUCAUCCAAGACCGCCCGGUUUUCGCUGCGCCUAUUCCUUUACUCAUCCCGAGAGAAGACAUAGGAAACAAAUCCUAUGAGGAGGCCGUUGAAGCUCUCAAGAAACUUCUCAGGGAGAAAGAAGUGAAGGGUGAAGCAGCUGGGAGAGUUGAUGAAAUAACAGCAUCGUUAAACGCUACAUUAUCAGCUGAUGGGGUACCAAAUGCCUCUGUCGAGACACUGAAAGAAGGAUUCAUUUACUUCAAGAAAGAAAAAUAUGAUAAGAAUCCUGCUUUGUAUGGUGAGCUUGCCAAGGGUCAAAGCCCAAAGUAUAUGAUUGUUGCGUGCUCAGACUCCAGGGUCUGCCCAUCUCAUGUGCUGGACAUGCAACCGGGGGAAGCUUUCGUGGUUCGAAACGUCGCUAAUAUGGUGCCACCAUAUGAUCAGACUAAAUACGCCGGAAUCGGAUCCGCUAUCGAAUAUGCAGUUUUGCAUCUCAAGGUACAAGAGAUUGUUGUGAUUGGGCACAGUGCCUGUGGUGGAAUCAAGGGGCUCAUGUCUUUCCCAUACGACGGAACCACCUCGACUGAUUUCAUAGAAGAUUGGGUUAAGAUUGGAAUGCCUGCUAAGACCAAGGUGCUAGCUGAACAUGAUAGCGAGCCUUUUGGAGGUCAAUGUGCACACUGUGAGAAGGAAGCAGUGAAUGUAUCACUUGGCAACCUGCUGAGUUAUCCCUUUGUAAGAGAUGGAUUGGUGAAAAAAACGCUAGCUGUCAAGGGCGGUUACUACGAUUUCGUUAAUGGAACUUUCGAGCUAUGGAGUCUUGAGUUUCAGCUCUCAAACCCUCUCUCUGUAAAAGAUGUGGCCACAAUACUCCAUUGGAAGCUCUACUAGGAACAUAAGCUUAAAGAUCACCAUCACAGCAAAGAUGAGGCUUCGAAUCUUCAACUGUUUUACCCUCUUUUCUUAUGAUUUGCUGACAUCAUAAUCUGAAUUCUGAACUGAGUUUUGUAGAUGAGACAGUUUCAAGAACUUGGAUGCUUUU